ACAGCAAAUGUAGGUGUAACCCAUUUUACGCAAAGCGAAAGAACUACACAUAGGUCCAACGCCAUAAAGUCGCGAUUUGUGCCAAUUUUAGGUCAGUUAGAUAGUUUAUCGUUUGAGACAGUUUACCGAUGCUGAAAAUAAUCCAGUAAAGGCAUGACUUUAUCAACGGUCGGCUGUGCUCUGCAGUUUUUGGGGAUCGCGUCCGCCGUUUUCGUUCUAUUAGGUAAGUCACUACUUAGCCCUUGAUCAUGACUCUCAGUUCCAUUACAUUACACAUAAAAUGGGAGUUUUGUUAAGAGCCGCGAUGCUCGGUCUGAACCUUAACAAGCGUCGCUUGCGGUAAGGUUUUGGAAGCAUAAGGACCUCAUCUUUCAUUUCGGCGAUUUAUUUUAUUUUAUUUUAUAUAUAUUUUUUAAAAAAAUGUUAAAUUGAUACACAUCUUUAUAGGGUUAGGGUUCCCACACAGUCAUACUUCCAUGUUAUAGAUUCAAGACAGAGUGGACUACCUGUGCUAAUUAACUAUCUGCUUCUCCUAACACCUGUGUGUAGGUGGAAGACAGACGCCACAAACAUGUUGUCACUGAAAAAUACUGUCUGCUGCAACUGUGUUAAAAACAAUUAAAACUGAACAGUACAGUCAAUUUGUACAUUUCACAUUCGUGAAAUGAUUUUAACGUGACAUGAAAUUAGAGGGAUUUAUGGUUCUAGAACCGUAACGUAAUUGAGAUUCGAUUCACGUUUAGAUGGAGUAUUUGGCUGUUUUGGCUUCCAGCGCCAACCCAUUAAACAGAACAUGUAAGGUUCUUGAACUAAGGAGUAACGUUAGGCUCCUUUAGACCAAUGUAGGGCUAUUUGGUAAUAGUUUUAAACAUUUAGAAGUAAACCGUAAUACAUUUGUGAUUAUUAUGAUUCUGUAAAAAAAAAAGAAAAAAAGCUGAAGAAUAGGGAAUUUAUUUUAGUUCCUUUUUAUUUUUAUUUAUAGGUCAUUGCAAUUGUCCCUUUACUAUAAAGAUUGAAAUGUAGAUAUGUAUACAAUGAUAUGUUCUUUGAAAUGGUGCCUGUGAUAACACUUACUGAUGGACACUAACAGUAUUAUGAAGUUGCAGGGAUAUUCUUGAAUUGGAUGAGGAUGUAUUCUAUAAGUAGACUACACAUUAAAUCAUUGUUGUUGACAGUGGCACAACCACACACAGACCUUUGAAAAGCCAGUCAGUUUCCUAAAACAAAAGUGUGUAGAUGGGAUGCAGAUGACAGACAACAUAGAUGUUGGAGAUAAUCAAAUGACUGGCCCAUGUUGUGCUUUAUGAAUAAACAUAGGAAAACAUCAUUAAUGCAUGAGUCUGGUUCAGUGGAUAAAUAGGAAUGAUGGGAGGACUGUUGAAUGCAUUGGUUCUAUCCAAAGGCCAACUAACUAAGGAAAGAACUUCCAACUCAUCUAAUAUUUUAUUAGGAAUCAGGUGGAACAAUGGCUUACCAGUGUCUAUACAUAGACCAGGGCAACUGAGUUUGCAUUGAAGAUUACAGUGGGGGGCAGUAUUUGCAUAGGUCAGACAAUAGGAUCAGCAUCAGAAAAACAAGGAGGACGAGGACCAGGCACUCUUCAUAUACAGUUGAAGUCGGAAGUUUACAUACACCUUAGCCAAAUACAUUUAAACUCAUUUUUCACAAUCCCUGACAUUUAAUCCUAGUAAAAAUUAUUAGGUCAGUUAGGAUCACCACCUUAUUUUAAGAAUGUGAAAUGUCAGAAUAAUAGUAGAGAGAAUGAUUUAUUUCAGCUUUUAUUUCUUUCAUCACAUUCCCAGUGGGUCAGAAGUUUACAUACACUCAAUUAGUAUUUGAUAGCAUUGCCUUUAAAUUGUUUAACUUGGGUCAAACGUUUCAGGUAGCCUUCCACAAGCUUCCCACAAUAAGUUGGGUGAAUCCUGGCCCAUUCCUCCUGACAGAGCUCGUGUAACUGAGUCAGGUUUGUAGGCCUCCUUGCUCGCACACGCCUUUUCAGUUCUGCCAACACCUUUCUAUAGGAUUGAGGUCAGGACUUUGUGAUGGCCACUCCAAUACCUUGACUUUGUUGUCCUUAAGCCAUUUUGCCACAACUUUGGAAGUAGGCUUGGGGUCAUUGUCCAUUUGGAAGACCCAUUUGCGACCAAGCUUUAACUUCCUGACUGAUAUCUUGAGAUGUUGCUUCAAUAUAUCCACAUAAUUUUCCUUCCUCAUGAUGCCAUCUAUUUUGUGAAGUGCACCAGUCCCUCCUGCAGCAAAGCACCCCACAGCAUGAUGCUGCCACCCCCGUGCUUCACGGUUGGGAUGGUGUUCUUUGGCUUGCAAGCACCCCCUUUUUCCUCCAAACAUAACGAUGGUCAUUAUGGCCAAACAGUUAUAUUUUUGUUUCAUCAGACCAGAGGACAUUUCUCCAAAAAUAUCUUUGUCCCCAUGUGCAGUUGCAAACCGUAGUCUGGCUUUUUUUAUGGCGGUUUUGGAGCAGUGGCUUCUUCCUUGCUGAGCGGCCUUUCAGGUUAUGUCAAUAUAGGACUUGUUUUACUGUGGACAUAGAUACUUUUGUACCUGUUUCCUCCAGCAUCUUCACAAGGUCCUUUGCUGUUGUUCUGGGAUUGAUUUGCACUUUUCGCACCAAAGGCUGCGUGGUCCCAUGGUGUUUAUACUUGCGUACUAUUGUUUGUACAGAUGAACGUGGUACCUUCAGGCGUUUGGAAAUUGCUCCCAAGGAUGAACUAGACUUGUGGAGGUCUACAAUUUUUUUUCUGAGGUCUUGGCUGAUUUCUUUUGAUUUUCCCAUGAUGUCAAGCAAAUAGGCAGUGAGUUUGAAGGUAGGCCUUGAAAUACAUCCACAGGUUGGCUCCAAUUGACUCAAAUUAUGUCAAUUAGCCUAUCAGAAGCUUCUAAAGCCAUUACAUCAUUUUCUGGAAUUUUCCAAGCUGUUAAAGGCACAGUCAACUUAGUGUAUGUAAACUUCUGACCCACUGGAAUUGUGAUACAGUGAAUUACAAGUGAAAUAAUCUGUCUGUAAACAAUUGUUGGAAAAAUUACUUGUGUCAUGCACAAAGUAGAUGUCCUAACCAACUUGCGAAAACUAUAGUUUAUUAACAAGAAAUUUGUGGAGUGGUUGAAAAACAAGUUUUAAUGACUCCAACCUAAGUGUAUGUAAACUUCCGACUUCAACUGUAAUUAAAAUGUCUUAGAGUGCCUUGGUCCUCCUUGUUUUUCUGAUGACCAAAUAACCCCUUUACCAAGAGCACCUUCAAUUUACACAUAUCUACUAUUGUAUCCUAGCAGCACUUCCCCUUGUUCUUUUUUCUACAAUCUGUAGGAGCAGUUUGGUUUGUAAUAAUAUAGCUAGGUUGGCGGAAUAAUGUUUAGUCAAGCCCCAGUAAGUUGUGGCUUACACAUCUUAUCCCAGUGUCAACAGUGACAGCUGGACUGUAAUAGCUGUACGUGUAACAGCGAGGGACAAACAGGGCUUCCCAGUAACAUCUCCAUUGUCAAACAGUCACACAAUCAGAUUAUAUCUUGGCUAUGUUACUAGGUAAGGUUUCGGGAAAAGCAUAAGCAGCUAUAAGCAUAAGUCAGACCGAUAGAGGGAGAGAGCGCUUGUGUAUGUGUGUGUGCUUCAGAGAGAGAGGGAGAGGCAGAGGAAGAGAGUGAUUGUCUAAAGAUAAGAAUGCAAAAUCGACAGUGUAUCAAAUACUUGUUCUCCCCACUGUAUAUGGCAGUUUGAACUGUUGAACAACCAGGCCUAUGUUUGUUCAGUAGGCCCUAGCUCACAGAUGUGGGGCUGGUUAGCCAUACAGGAAGUGGAGCCAAGCUGUUGACAUCGAUCAUCUCCCUACACACUUUCUCAGUCAUAUGAGUAUUUUCUAACACGCUGUGGCACAUCUCCAAAUGCACGUCAGGUCAGGCUGAGAAAAACAUCAGUUGUGUUUUCUGUCUGCUGAAUAGUAGUCCUACAUGACAGUCAGAGAAACAAUUGACAUUGUUUUGUAUUCUACGACUCUGUUUAUGUUUUGUACAAAUUGAUAUAGUUUUGAUAGAGGUAUUGUUAUGUAAAAUACCCAUGUGGUAUAGAACAACCCUGCCUGCCCCAACUGAUGCCACUCUUCUACAUAAUUAAUCAAUCCCUUCCCUGGUUGUUGUUCAUUCAGAGGGUGUGACACUGACCCUCACCCCUGACCAGGGAUCUACUCUCAACAUCAGCCAGAGUUCAGAGCGCAGCAGGGGGUCAAAGUGUACGGUAUGCACCGGUACGGGCUUGAAAAGGUCAUGCUCCAGGGCUGGAAGCGAUUAUGUGGUGCUACUGACAGACCCCAAAGCUGCUGUGAACAUGGAGUUCACCUGCCCCAAACCAGAGGAAGUCUUCACUGUGGAGGUGGUCAGGGAAAUAGGUAAGAACUCUCUAUGAAAUCUAUAAUGGUGGUGGUCCCAUAGUAUUUAGAGUGUCUAUAGCUUGUCCACAUGGUACAGAAAUACAGUGUCAUUACAGUAUAGGCACAUUGUACACUGUAGUUAUAUUGCUAUUACAUAGUGCUUGCAAGUGGGAUACCUGUGUGCAUUUUCGUAAUAAAUAGUCCAUAUGUGACUUUGUGUGAGCAUACCUGUGUGUGCGUUUCUGUAUUGACUUCCUCUGUAACUCCUACCCCCGUUUCACCAGAUUGUACCACAAAGUCCUGUAAUGGGGACAUCACCCCCAUUGAGUCUAGAACCGGAACGCUUCCACUGCAGAACUUCAACCGUACCUUUAUCUGGAACCUGAAGGCCCCGGUUCCACGGGCGUUCCAUUUGGACUUCACCCAGAUGGGGCUGAGACAGAUCCUGCCCUCUGAGAGAUGUCCAGACCAGCACACAUAUACCCUGCUAGCCCUCCAGAGGACAGGGGAGGCUGCCAUCGGGACGUACUGCAGGAACGGCAGCAUCUCUGGGGCUCAGGUCCUGAACCAGGGCAGGCUCUCUCUGGAGGUCACUGGAGGACGGAAACUGAACCCCACAGUGUUCAACGUGUCUGUUGGAGAGGAAAUCAAAUGUGAGUUGGUCAGACAGUGGUUUCAGAUAACUGACGUAAAAUCACAUUGUUAUCAUUUCGUUAAUAUAAAUGGAUUACUUAUGUUUGUAUGUUUUUAGUCAUGGCCACAGACAUGAUUUAAUUAACCUGGUUAACCUUGUAUUUUCUGACACUUCAACAUAUCAUUGUCCCUCAGCACUUGCCGUCCUCAAAGUGACUUUACCAGAAGGGACGUCGUCUUCGAAGUUGCUCUCUCCAAACUACCCGAACAGUUUCCCUGACGAUGACCUGAUGGAGUGGAAGUUUGUGGUCCCUCCCAAACACAACGCUACGGUUGUCUUCCUGGCUCAGACUCAGCCGCAGUGCCUGAAGAAGGAGCCGGCUGUGGAGUAUCACCACGAUAAUGGGAGGUUCGCGGUGGUGAAGAAGCUGUCAGACCCCCAGCCGGCCAAACGCCGGGACUCCUUCUCCCUGAUCCUAAGGAACUGUGAGAUGAACAGGAUCGGAGACGGCUCCACUGGUCUCUCCCUCCGCUUCCAGGUUUCAGCCAAGAGGAGAAGUCUUCCAGGUCGGUAAAGGACACUGAGUACAAUGCACUAGAUGGCUUUAGAAAAGUUUUCCCAAAACCCUCCUUGAGAACCCCCAGCAAUUUGACUGACUUUAUCUAUUCCAUUACCAGCAUGCCUGAUUCAUCUGGUCAACUACAUCAAGCUCUUGAUUAGUUGAAUCAGGUGUGCUAGUACUGGAAUAGGGAAGUGGAAUGGCUAGGUGUGCUCCAGGAAAGGUUUGGAUUACACAGCUUUAGUAAAAAAGGUAAGAGGAUGAAUCAUGUGUGAGUUGUGGAAAGCCCUGCUCUUUCCCUCUCAGUUCCUAACAUGUAUGAACACAGAAGGUAAUCACGCAGCUUACGCAAUAUUUUACUUCUGGGUUAGGAGAUUAGACAAGGUGUGACCGCAAUCCAUGCUUUGGUUUAGUUUCCCUUGCUCUGUUUGUAAAAAAACUUUGUAAAAACCUGUUUUUGCUUUGUCAUUAUGGGGUAGUGUGUGUAGAUUGAUGAGGAAAAAAUUCAUUGUAUCCAUUUUAGAAUAAGGCUGUAACUUAACAAAAUGUGGAAAAGGUGAAGGGGUCUGAAUACUUUCCGAAUGCACUGUAUAUUAGCAUUUUUUGCUCAUCAUGUCCAAAUUAUCAUAAAGUAUCAAAGGGAUGGGUGACCAUCCCUUUAAGGCCAAUUGUUGUGUUGUGUCGCAGGUAUUUAGAUUAUGUAGUAGUAGUGGUAGUAGCUACUGUAGUUGUACUGAUCCAACAUAUUACAAUUCAAUAUAAUAACAUGGAGCUUUUAGAUCUGUGGUAAUUUGAUAAUCCACUCUGUCUUGUGGUUAAUGUGUACAACCAUAAAAGGGGAUUACUGUAGAUCACAUAUACAGAUUUUAACAAUGCCGAUUGCCACCGGGGCAGACUCUUGGUAUUCUUCUUCCUAAAUGUGAAAUCAUUUUCUUAAUUUUGCUGUGGGCCUGCGUGAGUUAUAGUCAGUGGAAGUGGAUGUGCAGCUACAUGUAUAUGAUUUGUUACUGUGACAUACUUUGCAGUGUUGUGCAACGUGGACCUGAGGAAAGAGCGGAGGCUUUCCCUCCAUCUUGAGAAGACCAACCCCAUGUCUGACUGUGAGCUGAAGCUGAACUCUGUCAUCCAGGAGAAAAUCACUGUUCCCUCAGGGAAGAUCUCUCAGCUGUCCUUCCAGGACUGCCCAUGUCAGGACCUGCUACUGUCCGCCAUCAGAAUCAUAGGUAACUAAGGCCUAACUAGCAACACUGCUCUGCUCUGAGUCAUAUAACCAUAGGAAUUAUUAUUAACACUAUGAUGCUCGCCCAGUCACUAACCUCUCAUUGUGUUUGUCUGGCUUGACGUUGUAGAAGAAUAACAUGAUAUACCGUUCACCGUGUGUGAGUGUGGCCUUAAGCCCUAACUAAACAAUCACUGCAAUUCAAUGCUACAUUUUUGGCUUCCCUUACACUUUAAACAAUAUCUGGAGGGUGGUAAUUAGGAUGAACAAAUACUUUGUCCUUCUUGAGAUCCUAAGGCACCACAAACUCAUGGUAUAUAUUCAACGUUUGUAUCCUUUACCUCCUCUCCAUUUCUCAGAGUGCCCUCAGUGGAGGGGCUGCCCAGCAGCAGCAGCCCCUGUCCCUCUGACGGUGCCCGUCCUGGAGAGGUGUCUUCCCGCCCCCCUGGGCAGUGUCACCUGGAUCCUCCGUCCCCCUCAGCAUGGCACAGUAGAGCUCCUGCCCACUACUGGCAGCCUCAGGCAGUCCCUGCCAGAACACCCCUGCAACGGCUCAGUCACUCUCACCGUGGCCGAGGACGAUGACGGCACCACCGUGGGUCAGUUCUGCCCUCAGGGAGCCAUACAUAAAGUCCAGGUUCACACCAACGUGUCCAUUACAGCCUCAGCCUCGACCAUGGGAGGGAAAGAGAGGUCGCCAUUCUCUCAUCCUUUACUCAAUAUCUCCUUCACCAGGGAGAUUGCAGGUAAUAUUUUUUAAUUAAAGAUGUAACUGUGCUGUUAUUGUGAAGUAGAAACGUCUAGGAGCAACAACAGCUCAGCCGCGAAGUGGUAGGCCAACACAAGCUCACAGAACGGAACCUCUGAGUGCUGAAGCGCGUAGGGCGUAAAAAUCGUCUAUCCUCGGUUGCAACACUCACUACCGAGUUCCAAACUGCCUCUGGAAGCAAUGUCAGAACAAUAACUGUUUGUCGGGAGCUUCAUGAAAUGGGUUUCCAUGGCCGAGCAGCCGCACACAAGCCUAAGAUCACCAUGCGCAAUGCCAAGCGUCGGCUGGAGUGGUGUAAAGCUCGCCGCCAUUGGACUGCGUUCUCUGGAGUGACAAAUCACGCUUCACCAUCUGGAAGUCCGACGGAGGAAUCUGGGUUUGGCGGAUGCCAGGAGAACGCUACCUGCCCGAAUGCAUAGUGCCAACUGUAAAGUUUGAUGGAGGAGGAAUAAUGGUCUGGGGCUGUUUUUCAUGGUUCGGGCCAGGCUCCUUAGUUCCAGUGAAGGGAAAUCUUAACGCUACAGCAUACAAUUACAUUCUAGACGAUUCUGUGCUUCCAACUUUGUGGCAACAGUUUGGGGAAGGCCCUUUCCUGUUCCAGCAUGACAAUGCCCCCGUGCACAAAGCGAGGUCCGUACAUUAAUGGUUUGUCGAGAUCGGUGUUGAAGAACUUUAUCUGGCCUGCACAGAGCCCUGACCUCAACCCCAACGAACACCUUUGGGAUUAAUUGGAACACCGACAUCAAGCCAGGCCUAAUUGCCCAACAUCAUUGCCCGACCUCACUAAGGCUCUUGUGGCUGAAUGGAUGCAAGUCCCUGCAGAAAUGUUCCAACAUCUAGUGGAAAGCCUUCCCAUAAGAGUGGAGGCUGUUAUAGCAGCAAAGGGGGGACAAACUCCAUAUUAAUGCCCAUGAUUUUGGAAUGAGAUGUUCGACGAGCGGGUGUCCACAUACUUUUGGUCAUGUAGUGUAUAUAAAGUUACAUCUUUUAAUAAAUUGUUUUAUAUAAAAGUAGUACUGUAACUGCAAAUAUGUUAUUUUCCCCCUGAUGUACACACAGAGAGAUACAUCUUCACGGUAUGCCCAAAGAAAGGAGUCCCGACUCUCCUGGCCACCCCUAGUUGGCCUGUGGGAAUGAAGUCCUACUCCACUGUGUCCUGGAUCGUCGAUGUCCCCUCCAAGCUGGAAGCCCACCUCAUGUUCGCCAACAUCAGCCAGCCCAAGUGCAGCAACCGCCACACGGGCAUCAGGUACAAUCAGAAAAGGAUGGGCUACCCCUCUGAGACGUCCUCUCUAGGUUUCUUCAUUCUAGGGAGUUUUUCCUGGCCACUGUGGUCUUGCUUCUGCCUUGCUUGGUCUUGGGGUCCAGGCCAGGUUACUGUAAAGCACUUUAUGAUAAGUGCUGUGAAUAAAUUGUGAUUUGAUCAGGGUGCAGAACCUUGGCUCCCUGGAGGAGAUGUACAGCCGGCGGGAGGACGAGGAGGCAGACAGGAAGAUCACUGUCUCAAAGAGCUUCUACCUCAACAUGUCCAACUGUAUGCCUGAGAGAGGAGACUUCAGUGUGCUCACACAGAUCACACUGCACAAGGACAAGAGUGAGUGACCGACCAUGUGGAGCAGUCAUCAUGAUAAGCAGUGUUUUUCCAUCUCCUCUCACUCCCUUCUUCCUCUGGCGCUCUCCAUAAGUUGAUGUUUGUUUAAAGUGAAUUUGAAAUUGCAGUGAAAAUCUAACGUUCCAUGUUUCUCAGCAUUUCUCUAUACCAUUCUGAUAUUUUGUUCAUUCUGGUCUUACUUCACUGAGUAUAUCAAACAUUAGGAACACCUUCCUAAUAUUGAGUUGCACCCUCCCCCAUUUUGCCCUCAGAACAAACUCAAUUAUUUGGGGCAUGGACUCGCUCAUUAGGUAGGAUUAGGCAGCUGCCUAUGGCGGCAGAUUGACGAGGGUGGCAUUUUCUGAGCUACAGUUGAAGUCUGAAGUCAUUAAAACUUGUUUUUCAACCACUCCAUAAAUAUCUUGUUAACAAACUAUAGUUUUGGCAAGUCGGUUAGGACAUCUACUUUGUGCAUGACACAAGUAAUUUUUCCAACAAUUGUUUACAGUGUCACGCCCUGACCUAUAUAACUCUUGAUUGUUGAGUCAGGGUGUGGAAAUCUAUGUUAUAGAUUCUAUGUUUAGGUUCUAGUGAGUCUAUUUCUAUGUUUGGCCGGGUGUGAUUCCCAAUCAGAGACAGCUGUCGCUCGUUGUCUCUGAUUGGGGAUCAUACUUAGGUAGCCUAUUGCCUACUGUGUAUUAUGGGAUCUUGUUCCAUGUAGGCUUGUGUGUGUAUAGCCUGAGGACUUCACGUUACGUUGUUUCUUGUUUUGUAUGUUUAUUGGGUGAAUAAACAUGUACGCUUUUCACGCUGCACCUUGGUCUGACCCGUCUCUCAACGUUCAUGACAGAAAAUCCCACCAAACGAGGACCAAGCAGCGUGCCCAGGAGGAGCAAACACCCUGGACACAGCGGGAGGCUACGUUGGUAGAUGUCCUCCUCGGUUGGGGGAAAAUCACUGAGGAGGAGGCCGUCCGUUACGGUAAGGCAAUGAAGGAGGAAACCCGGGUAGGAGAGGAUCAACGGUGACAUCAACGGUGCUGGCCGAAGAGGAAGCCCAAGAAGCAGCCCCAAGAAAACAAUUUUGGGGGGGCUCACGGGGUGGACCACGAGGCAGCAGGAGGCCGUGAAAGGGCUGACUAGAGAGGAGGAGGCCGCUAUUUUAGAGGUCCUCCAAGACCUGCGGAUCGAGAGUCUGAGAGAGGAGGCCACCACGUUACGGGGGCUGUUAGAUCAGAGGGAGCAGGAGUUAUCCGUUCAGAGGGAGGCACUACAGGAGGCUCAAAGGGAGAAGGAAGUAGUGGAAGCAAGGAGAGAGGAGCUGGUCAGGCAACAGAAGGAGUGUUCAUAGAGGAACCUAGGUAUGCAGAGAUACGCACUGUGGCGCCAGUGCGCAUUCACAGCCCAGUGCGUCCUGUGCCAGCGCCCCGCACGUGUCGUGCGAAUGUGGGCAUCCAGCCAGGACGGGUUGUGCCAGCUCUAAGCUCCAGACCUCCAGUGCGCCUCCACAGUCCAGUGCAGCCCGUGCCUGCUCCCCGCACCAAACCAGUGGUGCGUGUCGCCAGCCCGGUAAGCCCUGUACCUGCUCCCCGCACCAAACCAGUGGUGCGUGUAUCCAGUCCGGUGCACCCCGUACCUGCUCCCCGCACCAAACCAGUGGUGCGUGUCGCCAGCCCGGUAAGCCCCAUACCUGCUCCCCGCGCCAAACCAGUGGUGCGUGUAUCCAGCCCGGUACGCCCCGUACCUGCUCCCCGCACCAAACCAGUGAUGCGUGUGUCCAAUCCGGCCCAGCCCGUUCCUGCUCCUCGCAGCAAACCAGUGGUGUGUGUUCCCAGUCCGGCCCGGCCCAUUCCUGCUCCCCGCACCAGGCCAGUGGUGUGUGUUCCCAGUCCGGCCCGGCCCGUUCCAGCUCCUCGCCCCAGACCUGUGGUGCGUGCAUCCAGUCCAAUGCGGCCCGUACCUGCUCCUCGCACCAAACCAGUGGUGCGUGUCGCCAGCCCGGUACGCCCCGUACCUGCUCCCCGCCCCAGGCCAGUAGUGCGUGUUCCCAGUCCGGUACGGCCCGUACCUGCUCCUCGCACCAGACCAGUGGUGCGUGUCCCCAGUCCGGCCCGGCCCGUUCCACCGGUGCCUGGUCCAGCACCGACCAGCUGCUCUAAUCCGGAGUCAGAGCAGUCCACUCCACCGGUGCCCGGUCCAGCUCCGGUCAGCGGUUCCACUCCGGAGACAUAGCAAUCCGCUCCACCGGGGUCCAGUCCAGCACCGGUUAGCUGCUCCACUCUGAAGCCAGAGCAAUCCGCUCCACCGGUGCCUAGUCCAGCUCCGGUCAGCGGUUCUACUCUGGAGCCAGAGCAAUCCGCUCCACCGGUGCCCAGUCCAGCUCCGGUCAGCGGCUCCACUCCGGAGCCAGAGGAGUCCGCUCCACCGGUGCCCAGUUCAGCUCCGGUCAGCGGCUCCACUUCAGACCCAGAAGGCAGCCCCUCUCCAGGGUCGGGGUCUCCCACACCAGCGUCCAGACAGGGCUUGGUGCAUCGCGGGAGGAUUGCCGAUCCAGGCCCAGACGUCAGCCCCUCUCCAGGUUCGGGGUCUCCCAAACCAGGGUCCAGACAGGGCUUGGUGCAUCGUGGGAGGAAGGAGAGGGGAAGCACAGACCAGACCAGGGGUGCAACGGGGAGGCAGAGAGGGAGAGGUCGUCACGCCCGGAGCUGGAUCCGCCUCCGAGGCUGAAAGCCCACCCGGACCCUCCCCUGUCAUGUCAGGUUUUGCGCGGCCGGAGUCCGCACCUUUGGGGGGGGGUACUGUCACGCCCUGACCUAUAGAACUCUUGUUUGUUGAGUCAGGGUGUGGAAAUCUGUUAUAGAUUCUAUGUUUAGGUUCUAGUGAGUCUAUUUCUAUGUUUGGCCGGGUGUGAUUCCCAAUCAGAGACAGCUGUCGCUCGUUGUCUCUAAUUGGGGAUCAUACUUAGGUAGCCUAUUGCCUACUGUGUAUUGUGGGAUCUUGUUCUGUGUAGGCUUGUGUGUAUAGCCUGAGGACUUCACGUUACGUUGUUUCUUGUUUUGGUUUGUAUGUUUAUUGGGUGAAUAAACAUGUACGCUUUUCACGCUGCACCUUGGUCUGACCCGUCUCUCAACGUUUGUGACAUACAGACAGAUUAUUUCACUUAUAAUUCACUGAAUCACAAUUCCAGUGGGUGUGAAGUUUACAUACACUAAGUUGACUGUGACUUUAAACAGCUUGUUGUGGCAAAAUGUCUUAAGGACAACAAAGUCAAGGUAUUGGAGUGGCCAUCACAAAGCCCUAACCUCAAUCCUAUAGAAAAUUUGUGGGCAGAACUGAAAAAGCGUGUGCAAGCAAGGAGGCGUACAAACCUGACUCAGUUACACCAGCUCUGUCAGGAGGAAUGGGCCAAAAUUCGCCCAACUUAUUGUGGGAAGCUUGUGGAAGGCUACCCGAAACAUUUGACCCAAGUUAAACAAUUUAAAGGCAAUGCUACCAAAUACUAAUUGAGUGUAUGUAAACUUCUGACCCACUGGGAAUGUGAUGAAAGAAAUAAAAGCUGAAAUAAAUCAUUCUCUCUACUAUUAUUCUGACAUUUCACAUUCUUAAAAUAAAGUGGUGAUCCUAACUGACCUAAAACAGGGAAUUUUUACUAGGAUUCAAUGUCAGGAAUUGUGAAAAACUGAGUUUAAAUGUAUUUGGCUAAGCUGUAUGUAAACUUCCGACUUCAACUGUAAACUGACAAAUUUCUGAGCUAAACUGACCAAAUAAUGACAAUUUUCCUCAACCAGUGGCAUAUGGGCUUUUUAGAUGAGUGCUGAUGCCGCCCUGUGAUAAGCAGUGGCCACUUUAUCAAAGGCAGGGGCACAAAAUAUUUUGCUUGUCCAUUCCCAGCGCGCCUCUCCAGGGUGCUGUUGGAGAGCCGCAUCGCUGCGGCGCUCCACCAACGUUCCAUCAAAAGAAUGAUCUAACAUAAAUCAUGUAGCAGAUAUAGGAUAUGGUUGAAAGAGUAUGUGGCCUUUUCUGUAGCCUACAGGCUGGAGAUAAAAUGUAUGACAAUGUAAUGAGAUGGACACUUUUUACAUCAUGCAGGUUUCUCCGAUCAAAUAGCCUAACCUUUAUAUUUAUUUAUAUGUAUGUGUGUGUAUAUAUAUGUAUGUGUGUAUAUAUAUAUAUAUAUAUAUAUAUAUAUAUAUAUAUAUAUAUUUAUAUGUAUGUGUGUGUAUAUACAGUGGGGAAAAAAAGUAUUUAGUCAGCCACCAAUUGUGCAAGUUCUCCCACUUAAAAAGAUUAGAGAGGCCUGUAAUUUUCAUCAUAGGUACACGUCAACUAUGACAGACAAAAUGAGAAAAAAAAAUCCAGAAAAUCACAUUGUAGGAUUUUUAAUGAAUUUAUUUGCAAAUUAUGGUGGAAAAUAAGUAUUUGGUCAAUAACAAACGUUUCUCAAUACUUUGUUAUAUACCCUUUGUGGCAAUGACACAGGUCAAACAUUUUCUGUAAGUCUUCACAAGGUUUUCACACACUGUUGCUGCUAUUUUGGCCCAUUCCUCCAUGCAGAUCUCCUCUAGAGCAGUGAUGUUUUGGGGCUGUCGCUGGGCAACACAGACUUUCAACUCCCUCCAAAGAUUUUCUAUGGGGUUGAGAUCUGGAGACUGGCUAGGCCACUCCAGGACCUUGAAAUGCUUCUUACGAAGCCACUCCUUCGUUGCCCGGGCGGUGUGUUUGGGAUCAUUGUCAUGCUGAAAGACCCAGCCACGUUUCAUCUUCAAUGCCCUUGCUGAUGGAAGGAGGUUUUCACUCAAAAUCUCACGAUACAUGCCCCAUUCAUUCUUUCCUUUACACGGAUCAGUCAUCCUGGUCCCUUUGCAGAAAAACAGCCCCAAAGCAUGAUGUUUCCACCCCCAUGCUUCACAGUAGGUAUGGUGUUCUUUGGAUGCAACUCAGCAUUCUUUGUCCUCCAAACACGACGAGUUGAGUUUUUACCAAAAAGUUAUAUUUUGGUUUCAUCUGACAUUCUCCCAAUCCUCUUCUGGAUCAUCCAAAUGCACUCUAGCAAACUUCAGACGGGCCUGGAUAUGUACGGCUUAAGCAGGGGGACACGUCUUGCACUGCAGGAUUUGAGUCCCUGGUGGCGUAGUGUGUUACUGAUGGUAGGCUUUGUUACUUUGGUCCCAGCUCUCUGCAGGUCAUUCACUAGGUCCCCCUGUGUGGUUCUGGGAUUUUUGCUCACCAUUCUUGUGAUCAUUUUGACCCCACGGGGUGAGAUCUUACGUGGAGCCCCAGAUCGAGGGAGAUUAUCAGUGGUCUUGUAUGUCUUCCAUUUCCUAAUAAUUGCUCCCACAGUUGAUUUCUUCAAACCAAGCUGCUUACCUAUUGCAGAUUCAGUCUUCCCAGCCUGGUGCAGGUCUACAAUUUUGUUUCUGGUGUCCUUUGACAGCUCUUUGGUCUUGGCCAUAGUGGAGUUUGGAGUGUGACUGUUUGAGGUUGUGGACAGGUGUUUUAUACUGAUAACAAGUUCAAACAGGUGCCAUUAAUACAGGUAACGAGUGGAGGACAGAGGAGCCUCUUAAAGAAGAAGUUACAGGUCUGUGAGAGCCAGAAAUCUUGCUUGUUUGUAGAUGACCAAAUACUUAUUUUCCACCAUAAUUUGCAAAUAAAUUCAUUAAAAAUCCUUCAAUGUGAUUUUCUGGAUUUUUUUUCUCAAUUUGUCUGUCAUAGUUGACGUGUACCUUGAUGAAAAUACAGGCCUCUCCAUCUUUUAGUUGGAGAACUUGCACAAUUGGUGGCGACUAAAUACUUUUUUUCCCCACUGUAUAUAUAUAUAUAUAUAUAUAUUUGUCUCGCCUAGGGCAGCAGAAUGGCAAGGAACGGCCUUGGUUGUGUCAAGUUGGCUGGAUGUCUUUUGGGUGGUGGACCAUUCUUGAUACACAGGGGAAACUGUUGAACGUGAAAAACCCAGCAGCGUUGCAGUUCUAGACACAAACCGGUGCACCUGGCACCUACUACCAUACCCUGUUCAAAGGCACUUAAAUAUUUUGUCUUGCUCAUUCAACCUCUGAAAGGUACACAUUCACAAUCCAUGUCUAAAUUGUCUCAAGGCUUAAAAAUCCUUCUUUAACCUGUCUUGUCCCCUUCAUCUACACUGAUUGAAGUGGAUUUAACAAGUGACAUCAAUAAGGGAUCAUAGCUGUCACCUGGAUUCACCUGGUCAGUCUGUCAUGGAAAGAGUGUUCCUAAUGUUUUGUAUAUUUAGUGUAUAUUAAGUAUUAUUAUCAGCCUCCGGAUUUGAAACAUUAUUAUGUUAGUGAGUGGGUUGAUAAUGGGAUAUCAGUGAAUACUAACCUGUGUGUGUGUUCCUGUUCCUCAGACCUGCUUCUGACCAGCAUUCUGAGUACGGUGGCAGCUCUGCUGGUUCUCAUGGUGGUUGUGUUGGCUGUGGUCUGUGUGGUGAUCAAGUAAGUGAGCUACUUUUUUGCUAACCCUUCAUGAAAAAUGUUGGGAUGUUUUCUCUGAUACAGAUUCAUCUCCAAGAAAAAGAAGUAGCAGGAGCGUAUUCCAAAACAACCACAAGUGCUCUUGAAGGGGAAUGGUAAUUGAAAAGCAAAAAUUAUAACCACAACUAGGUGCUAAGGACACCCUGAUGAAGGCCUAAGCCAAUACGCGUUGGUGUAUUUUAAUGUCUUAGCCCACAUUGAAGGCUUUUUAACUUUCAAACCCAUACGAGUGUCUGGACUUUGAUUUUUGUGGUUAUAAUUUUUCCUUUUCAAUUAGAGAUUAAUAUCCAUUGAAAGUGCUUUUUAGGCCAGGAUUAGGCUUAAUCUGUGUCUGAGAAACAGGCGUUUUGAGUACAUAUGGUAACUAUGCAUUAGAAGGUGAGGCGCGACACACUCUCCAUACAACAGUAUUUUAUUUGAUAUAAAAAAACAUGACAUUUCGGUAUACACAGACCUUCAGCAGACCCGCAUCGGGCCUGACUCAGGCUUCCUUUACUAGGAUAUGGAACUGGAACAUUUUAUCAGAGUGAUUUCUUCAGUAAGAACUGCUGUAGUUGUGUUUAAUUAAGUUUGAUUACGACAAUAUAGGCUACUCCUCCCUCACAUUCUUUUUACAAUUUCAAAAUAAAAAAGACUGCUUGUAAAGUCAUAAUAUGGACAGGCUCGGGCUGCAAGUCAUAGGCCCAGGUCGGGGCGGUCUUCAAUUUUGAGUACUGAUCAAGAGUCCUGGUGUGAGUCCUCAUAUGCAAUGUCAGACCCUGGCGAGUAUCGAAACUUUCAUUACACCCAAGACAGCGAUACAGUUUCAGUUUGUGAUUGCUCAUAUGCUCUUCCAGCAAAACCUCCUCAUCCUCUGUGAAACAUAUACCACAGAUGUAACAAGAAAGCGAUCCUGUACUUCCAACAUGAAAAUUUAGAUGAUCUUUCAAACUUUCUACAGACUCAAAGGAUCUUCCGCAGAUACCACACCGAGACAGCUUUGUAUGUCUAUGUGCAUGAAUCACUAGAGACUCCUUGGUGAUGAAAGGCUUUGCACAUAUUCUACAACGACGAACAGUAUUAUUGAGGAUAGGGGAUUUCAGAUGGGACAACUCUGUGGAUUCUCUGACUUUAGUACAGACAUGGAAGCUUGGUCCAGCUUUUGUCUGUGUUCUCUUUGACUUGAGUGGAGGUCCUUUACUCUCCAGCCGAUCGACACUUUCAUCACUCUCACUCUGAGUUGCAGACCAGUCUGAAUUGACUGCAGAGGGGGGCUGAGAGUCACUGUUACUGAAGUACUCUGUUUUAAUCUGUUCAAUUUGCGUUGUGGUGCUGGGUAGCUCAUCCCUCUCUGUGUUUUCUUCACGUUGGGUUAAAAUUUGGUAAAGAUGUGAGGACUGACUUGGGUUCUGAUUAUAGUCACCUUUUACUCUGGCAGUAGAUAUGAAGGCUUUGGUAUCAGCAGAAUCAUCAGUAUCAUAAUCCAUCCCUUGAAGCUGCUCUCCUCCCUGACUGAUGACCCAUAGUUCCUCCUGUUCCUCUUUAAUCUGGGAAGGGUCCUCCUGCCUGCAGUGCUGCUGCUCAGGGGCAACCUCCUCUUCAGAGAUGGAGAGAGUGAGCUGCUGGAGGUCUGUGGGAAAAAGAGCAUGACAUACUUAGCUAGUACAUUCAAAUGCUGAGAUGCUGGCUUACAAGAAAUGGAUUCUAGCCAGAUACAUGUAACGUUUGAACUACUGUGAUGGAAACACGAAGAUUCGGUACAGUUGUAUAAAUGCCUACAGAAAAUGUGUUCAUUCGACAUGGUGUGAUGGUAAAAUGUAUUAUGCGAGAAAUGGUGGUGCAAUCGCCUUUAUGCGUAAAUAUUGAUAAAAUAAACAUAAUAUCGAAAUAAAUUUGGAGUCACGAGAUUAAAUGGUGUGUGGUCGUCUAUGACUCGUGAAACCAUGCAGUUUAUUAGGCUACAGAUGAAAUAAAUUAUGAAAUUCACAGGGUGGUGAAAGUGCACGGUGAUGAACUUGAUGCUACUUUCCAAUAAUAUCGAGGGUCUUAUUCUGAUGACAUGAGGCUCGAUGCUUGACAAAUAAAAAUACUCUCGCUCUAUUCCAUAAUAAUCUCAUCAUGUAGACUAGCCUUCCCGCAAAACCUGUAGGCUAUAUGCGAGCUAGAACACACGUGCCAAGACCAGAGUAGGCACACUUGCUAUUUAACGCAACCGUUUUUGUUAAAAAAACUAUCGGUAGAGUUGAAAAUGUGAUGGAAACACAUUGAACUUUAGAUUUUUAUUUGGUACAAAAGUACAUUGUGUGCACUACGUCGUAAUGCACUCGGUUUGGUGGAAACACUACUGGUGGGAAAAUUCGCAUUGUCUUCACGCGGAUUUUAUAAUAUUCGCAUGAAAAUCUGUCGCCAAUUGGAUGAAAAUGUAACUAGUGAUGACUGAAAUUUAAAUGGCCAACAUGCAUUAGCAAUGUGUAUAACAAAUGAUGGUUGUUACGGACUUAGCUAAUAAGUAACACACCUUCUAGUCUCUGUAACUUUAUUUCUGGUUUAAGAACGACAUCCAGCAGCUUCUGUAGGCGGGCGUUCUCUUCUUUAGCACGGGACACUUGUUCCUGGUACUCUGCUAUCGUUCGGUCUUUCUCCUCUUUUGAACGGCAGAAUUCUUGCUGGUAGUCUGCUAUCGUUGUUUCAACUGCCCCGAAAAGCUCAUCGACAGCCGCUGUUAAUCGCCUGUUGAGAAACAUUCUCAAUGAUUUUAUGUUAGGCAACAUUUUUGCAAGUUAGCUAGCUGAGUAGCUGCCAGCUAGUGUUGUUUUUCCUGUUCCACCGUUCCACGCGCCCUUUUUCGAAACACAUUUUUACACUAUCACCACCUGCUGGAGUGGAGUGCAACUGCGUUGGUGGAGUGUUGUGGCAGAAAAUGUAGUAGUUGUAUUUCACUUGUACUGUAGCUUAUCUAUAUUCUAUGUAGCUAUAUAGGUAUUUUUUCAUGGUAAUAAAGGAUUACAUGUAUUCAAUUGUUGUCAUGAUAAGUGGACACAUACAUAGGGACUUUCUAUCAUUAUGGGACUUAAUAAGUGUGACUAUUUAAUACAACAAAUUUCUCUCAUUACAGUAGCCUACCUUGCGUGUGAUAAUGUGUUUUGAUCUCCCUCCUGUUGAGUAGGAAGAAGAAGAGGCAGCUGUCUCACCAAGUGUCCAUCUACAACCCCAACGGGACCAGCUUCCUGCCAGGUCACAACGGGAGGUUCCCCAAAUCACGAAAAGACAACGAGUCCCACAUCUACGCCUCGAUCGAUGACACACUUGUAUACGGCCAACUCCUGCGAGACGGGGCAGAGUUGGGUGUCUAUGGAGACCCGGCUGUGGAUGUGUACCAGAGUUUUACUGGACCCACAGAGGCUAAGCCCCUCUCUCUGGGGACAGUCACUGAACGUCCAGAGGUGGGCAUCUACCAGCCUUUUGUGCCCCCAUCCCACAUUGCCCCACUCAUCCCCAAUAGACCCUUAAGUCAAGACCAGCAGACUAUGGUGGACAACGAGUUGUACGGCUCCAGAAGCAAUGGUGACACCCCUACACAGUCUCAACCUAACAACAUGAACACAGAGCAGACUACAACGGUGGAGCCAGAGGCUCAUGAC